AUGCCGUAUCUGCCCGAUAGGUUCGGGGAGCUGCCGAGCCUGGAGAUCCUCAAAGUGCAAUCGACCGACACAUACACCAGCGAAGGCCAGGACAUUGAGCUGGACGGAUUCUGCUCCCUGCGUGGCUUUCCCUCCUCCUUCAGCCUGCUCACACGCCUGGAACAGCUGAUCAUAGACGGGUGUGGGAUGCUGGGGGAGCUGCCGAGCGGCAUGGGCAAUCUGUGCAGCCUGAAGGUCCUGAAAGUGGAGAAGUGCAAGCGGCUGAAGGUCUUUCCGUCCUUCUUGCCCUCUGCUGAGGAUGGUGCCGCAGGUGCCGGAUCGUCUGCUCCUGCUGCCACCUCUGCUGCUCCUGCUGCUGCUGCUGCUGCUGCUGCUGCUGCUGCUGCUGCUGCUGCUGCUGCUGCUGCUGCUGCUGCUGCUGCUACUGCUGUUGCUGCUUCUGCCUCAUUUUCCACCACUUCAGCUGCUGCCACCUCAUUUGCUGCCACUUCAGUUGCUGCCACCUCAUCUGCUGCCACUUCAGCUGCUGCCACUUCGAUGACUGGAUCGAUUGAGCAGGCUGGGUUGGGGUGCCUGUCGGCUCUGGUGCACCUUCACAUUGUCAACACCAACCUCCCCUCACUUCCGGAAAACCUAGGCGAUUUGAAAGAGCUGGCAGUGCUGCUGCUAGAGAAGUGCCAUGCCAUGACAUCGCUUCCUGCCUCCAUGGCUACCCUUCCCAAACUGCAGCAGAUUGGUCUCAAGUCUCUUCCUCUGCUGACUCACCUGCCCGAGAAUCUCGGGCAGCUGAAGGCACUCAAUGAUUUGGGUUUAGAUUCAUGCAAAACCCUGGAGAGCCUUCCUGAAUCAUGCAGCCUGAUCUCCUCCCUUAUAGUGCUCAGCAUCAUUUAUUGUCCUAAAAUCGCUUGUCUUCCAGAUUCACUCUCCUCAUUCACCCGCCUUUCCUCUCUGAAGCUCAAUCGUCUUUCCAAGCUGCGGUUUCUCCCUUCUCCAUUCUCCCUCCCAUCCCUCAUCAAGCUCUCAGUGCAAAAUUGCAAGGCGCUGAGGGCCCUACCCAGCGACUUGGGCAGUUUGUGCUGUCUGAGGGAGGUGGAUCUGGAUGGGU